GCUACAACAGACCCCGCUCGCCAAGCGGGAGCGCCGGGGCAGGUGGGGCGGUGGCGGGAGGGGUGACGCGGACCCCUGCGCCGCCGAGAGAACCCCUCCUCCCCCUGCCCGGGCCCGCGCCACCCCCCGAGCCCCUACUCUCGGGCUGCCGCACGGGGCGGGGCCGCGGCGCUCCUUCCCCGACACCUGAGCCUCGGCAGCGGCGGCUCCCGCGCUCCGGUCCCCGCGGCCGAGCCAGGUGAGCGCGGACUCCGGCCCUAGGCGGGGGCUCGGGCCCGCCCCCAAAGCGCGGGCCGCCGUGCGAGCAGGAGCAGCCGGUGUGGGGCUCGCAGUGGAUUCCGCCGCCAGGCUCCGGGGGUUGCUGUAGACCUCACCUCCUGAGUUCGAGGGUCACCGUGGACCUCGCUGUCUGGGCGUGGAAGGCGAGGGGAUCGCCAGUGGACCUCGCCGCCGGGGUCCCGGAGUCGAGGCGCGGCGCCCUCCCGCGGAUGCCCAGUUCUGGAGACCUGGCCACCAUGCCACGUAGCCCAACAUCCAGUGAGGACGAGAUGGCCCAGAGCUUCUCUGACUACUCCAUGGGCUCCGAGUCUGACAGUUCCAAGGAAGAGACCAUCUACGACACUAUCCGGGCCACUGCAGAGAAACCAGGUGGUGUGAGGAUGGAGGAGAGCCAGGGUGACACGCUGGUGAUCCGUGUGGUCAUCCAGGACCUGCAGCAGACGAAGUGCAUCCGCUUUAACCCAGACGCCACAGUGUGGGUGGCGAAGCAGCGGAUCCUGUGCACACUCAAUCAGGGUCUGAAGGAUGUUCUGAACUACGGGCUCUUCCAGCCAGCCAGCAACGGGCGCGAUGGCAAAUUCCUGGACGAGGAGCGGCUGCUGCGCGAGUACCCCCAGCCCGCGGGGCCGGCUGUGCCAUCCCUGGAGUUUCGGUAUAAGAAGCGGGUGUACAAACAGUCCAACCUGGAUGAGAAGCAGCUGGCCAAGCUCCACACAAAGACCAAUCUGAAGAAGUUCAUGGAUCAUACUCAGCAUCGGUCUGUGGAGAAGCUGGUCAAGCUGCUGGACCGAGGCCUGGAUCCCAAUUUCCAUGACCUGGAGACUGGAGAGACUCCCCUGACCCUGGCUGCCCAGCUGGACGACUCCAUGGAGAUCAUCAAAGCCCUCCGAAAUGGCGGGGCUCACCUGGACUUCCGCGCCAAGGACGGGAUGACCGCCUUGCACAAAGCCGCUCGAACCAGAAACCAGCUUGCCCUGAAGACCCUGUUAGAGCUUGGUGCCUCCCCAGAUUACAAGGAUAGCUACGGUCUCACGCCGCUGUAUCACACAGCCAUUGUCGGGGGCGACCCCUACUGCUGCGAGCUGCUGCUACACGAGCACGCCACCGUGUGCUGCAAGGACGAGAACGGCUGGCAUGAGAUCCACCAGGCCUGCAGGUAUGGACACGUGCAGCACCUGGAGCACCUACUCUUCUAUGGCGCAGACAUGGGCGCCCAGAAUGCCUCGGGGAACACGGCCCUGCACAUCUGCGCCCUCUACAACCAGGACAGCUGUGCAAGAGUGCUGCUAUUUCGGGGCGGAAAUAAGGAAUUGAAAAAUUACAACAGCCAGACGCCAUUUCAGGUGGCGAUCAUAGCAGGCAACUUUGAGCUGGCAGAAUACAUCAAAAACCACAAGGAGACAGAUAUCGUGCCCUUCCGAGAGGCUCCGGCCUACUCCAACCGCAGGCGGCGGCCUCCAAACACUCUGGCCGCACCCCGGGUCCUGCUGCGCUCCAACAGCGACAACAACCUCCACGCCGGUGCGCCUGAAUGGGCCGUCUGCUCUGCGGCCACCUCCCAUCGCAGCCUCUCACCCCAGCUGCUGCAGCAGGUGCCCAGCAAACCCGAUGGCGCCGUGAAGAGCAUCCCGAGCUAUGCCCCCGGGCCCCGCAGCCGCUCGCCGUCCCUCAACAGGCUUGGUGGCACAGGCGAGGAUGGCAAGAGGCCCCAGCCACACUGGCACGUGGGGCCAUCUCUUGCUCCUGGUGCCAACAAGGGCUCCCUCUCAGCCUUCGAGUACCCAGGGCCCAAGCGGAAACUCUACAGCGCAGUGCCUGGGAGACUCUUCGUCGUCGUCAAGCCAUACCAACCCCAAGUCGAUGGCGAGAUCCCCCUUCACCGUGGUGACAGAGUCAAAGUUCUGAGCAUCGGCGAAGGGGGCUUCUGGGAAGGCAGCGCCCGUGGCCACAUUGGGUGGUUUCCAGCUGAGUGCGUGGAGGAGGUGCAAUGUAAGCCCAAGGAUGGCCAAGCAGAAACCCGCGCAGACCGCAGCAAGAAGCUCUUCAGGCACUAUACUGUGGGCUCCUAUGACAGCCUUGAUGCAUCCGGUGACUGCAUCAUCGAGGAGAAGACAGUGGUCCUACAGAAGAAGGACAAUGAGGGCUUCGGGUUUGUGCUCCGAGGGGCAAAAGCUGACACCCCCAUUGAAGAAUUCACGCCAACACCGGCAUUCCCAGCCCUGCAGUACCUGGAAUCUGUGGAUGAAGGCGGGGUGGCAUGGCAAGCCGGACUAAGGACCGGGGAUUUCUUGAUCGAGGUUAACAAUGAGAAUGUUGUCAAAGUCGGCCACAGGCAGGUGGUGAACAUGAUCCGCCAAGGAGGGAAUCACCUCGUCCUUAAGGUCGUCACGGUGACCAGGAACUUGGACCCUGACGACACCGCGAGGAAGAAAGCUCCCCCACCUCCGAAGCGGGCGCCGACCACGGCCCUCACCCUGCGCUCCAAGUCCAUGACCGCAGAGCUAGAGGAGCUCGAUAAACCAGAAGAGAUAGUUCCGGCCCCGAAACCUUCCCGGACUGCUGAGAAUGUGGCCGUGGAGUCAAGAGUGGCGACCAUCAAGCAGCGGCCCACCAGCCGGUGUUUUCCAGCGGUCUCAGAUAUGAAUUCCGUGUAUGAACGCCAGGGGAUCGCUGUGAUGACACCCACUGUUCCUGGGAGCCCAAAAGGCCCAUUUCUGGGCCUCCCUCGAGGUACGAUGCGAAGGCAGAAAUCGAUAGGAAUAACAGAGGAAGAACGACAAUUUCUGGCCCCUCCGAUGCUGAAAUUCACCAGAAGCCUGUCCAUGCCAGACACCUCUGAGGAUAUUCCCCCUCCACCACAGUCUGUGCCCCCGUCUCCACCACCACCUUCCCCCACCACCUACAACUGCCCCAAGUCCCCGACUCCAAGAGUCUACGGGACGAUUAAGCCUGCAUUCAAUCCGAAUUCCGCUGCCAAGGUGUCUCCUGCCACUAGGUCCGACACAGUGGCUACCAUGAUGAGGGAAAAGGGGAUGUUCUACAGGAGAGAGCUGGACCGCUACUCCCUGGACUCUGAAGACCUCUACAGUCGGAAUGCCACUCCCCAGGCCACCUUCCGCACCAAGCGGGGCCAGAUGCCUGAGAACCCAUACUCAGAAGUAGGGAAGAUCGCAAGCAAGGCUGUCUACGUGCCUGCCAAGCCUGCCAGGCGGAAGGGCAUGCUGGUGAAGCAGUCCAAUGUGGAGGACAGCCCCGAGAAGACGUGCUCCAUCCCCAUCCCCACCAUCAUUGUCAAGGAGCCCUCCACCAGCAGCAGUGGCAAGAGCAGCCAGGGAAGCAGCAUGGAAAUUGACCCCCAGGCCACAGAGCCACCGGGCCAGCUGCGGCCUGAUGACAGCUUGACCGUCAGCAGCCCCUUUGCUGCUGCCAUUGCUGGGGCUGUCCGUGACCGGGAGAAGCGGCUAGAAGCCAGGAGGAACUCCCCAGCCUUCCUCUCCACCGACCUAGGGGAUGAGGAUGUGGGUCUGGGCCCGCCCGUCCCUCGGGUGCGGCCCUCCAAGUUCCCUGAGGAGGGCGGAUUUGGCGAUGAGGAUGGCUCUGAGCAGCUGGUGUCCCCCACACCAGGAGCAUCACCAAGGGAGCCUGAAAACCACUUUAUGGGAGGUGGUGAGGCUGGUGCUCAGGGAGAGGCUGGGAGGCCCCUGAAUUCUGCAUCCAAAGCCAAGGGGCCUGAAGGCAGCCCAGCAGGACCCCCCAAGAGCAGCAGCACAGCCAGCCCUGAGAAUUACGUCCAUCCACUCACUGGACGGCUGCUUGAUCCCAGCUCCCCGCUGGCCCUGGCACUGUCCGCAAGGGACCGAGCCAUGAAGGAGUCGCAGCAAGGGCCCAAGGGGGAGGCCCCCAAGGCUGACCUCAACAAACCUCUCUACAUCGAUACCAAAAUGCGGCCCAGCGUGGAAGCUGGCUUCCCUCCAGUCACCAGGCAGAAUACCCGGGGACCCUUGCGGCGGCAGGAGACAGAAAACAAGUACGAGAUGGACCUAAGCAAGGACCGGAGAGGCGAGGACAAAAAGAACAUGCUGAUCAACAUCGUGGACACGGCGCAGCAAAAGUCAGCUGGCCUGCUGAUGGUGCAUACUGUGGACGCCGCCAAGACAGCUGGGCCCCUAGAGGAGGAAGAGGAAAGAGAGGAUGUGGACAUAAAGCCAGACCACUUGCCCUCCACAGUGCCAGAAGGCGUUUCCGAAACCGAAGGUGCUUUACAGAUCUCCGCUGCCCCCGAGCCCGCCGCCACUCCUGGCAGGACCAUUGUGGCGGCAGGCUCCAUGGAAGAGGCAGUGGUUUUGCCAUUCCGCAUCCCUCCUCCCCCUCUGGCAUCCGUGGACUUGGAUGAGGAUUUUAUUUUUACAGAGCCAUUGCCUCCUCCCCUGGAAUUUGCAAAUAGUUUUGAUAUCCCCGAUGACCGUGCUGCUUCUGUCCCCGCUCCCACUGACUUGGCAAAGCAGAAGAAAAGUGACAGCCCCCCAUCCCCUUCGUGGAACUCUGGCCAGCCAGCCAGCUCCACAGAUAGCAAGAAGCCAGCCAGCCUCUCAAACUGUCUGCCCACCUCGUUCCUGCCACCCCCCGAGAGCUUUGACGCGGUCACUGACUCCGGGAUCGAGGAGGUGGACAGCCGGAGCAGCAGCGACCACCAUCUCGAGACAACCAGCACCAUCUCCACAGUGUCCAGCAUCUCGACCCUGUCGUCUGAAGGCGGGGAGAGCAUGGACACCUGCACGGUCUAUGCAGACGGGCAGGCGUUUGUGGUCGACAAGCCCCCCGUACCUCCAAAGCCAAAAAUGAAGCCCAUAAUUCAUAAAAGCAACGCACUUUAUCAAGAUGCGCUCCUAGAAGAGGAAGUAGACAGCUUUGUCAUCCCCCCACCUGCGCCCCCGCCCCCACCAGGCAGCACCCAGCCCGGGAUGGCAAAGGUCAUCCAGCCAAGGACCUCCAAGUUGUGGGGUGAUGUCACGGAGGUCAAAAGCCCGAUUCUCUCAGGCCCAAAAGCAAAUGUCAUUAGCGAAUUGAACUCAAUCUUACAACAAAUGAACCGAGAGAAAUCGGCAAAGCCAGGGGAAGGACUGGAUUCACCGGCAGGAGCCAAGUCUGCCAGCCUCCCUCCCAGAAGCCCGGAGGUCAUGAGCACCGUCUCAGGUACACGGAGCACGACGGUCACAUUCACUGUCCGCCCUGGCACCUCCCAGCCCAUCACCCUGCAGAGCCGGCCCCCUGACUAUGAAAGUAGGACCUCAGGAACAAGACGUGCCCCAAGCCCUGUGGUCUCACCAACAGAGAUGAACAAAGAGAUCCUGCCCACCCCUCUGUCUGCUGCCGCUGCGUCUCCUUCUCCCACACUCUCAGAUGUCUUUAGCCUUCCAAGCCAGCCCCCUGCUGGGGACCUAUUUGGCUUGAACCCAGCAGGUCGCAGCAGGUCGCCAUCUCCCUCAAUACUCCAACAGCCAAUCUCAAAUAAGCCUUUUACAACUAAACCUGUCCACCUAUGGACUAAACCAGAUGUGGCAGAUUGGCUGGAAAGUCUGAACUUGGGUGAACACAAAGAGACCUUCAUGGACAAUGAGAUCGAUGGCAGUCACUUACCAAACCUUCAGAAGGAAGACCUGAUAGAUCUGGGGGUGACCCGAGUUGGGCACAGAAUGAACAUAGAAAGGGCUUUGAAACAGCUCCUAGACAGAUAAGGAUGGCUGUUCCUUCCCUUUAUAGACUUCUUGUUAUAAGUAGAGAUGGGCUUACGCUGAAAUAUCUGAUGGCCAAGCAGAGUCUGUGAGCACCAACCCCAUGCCAUGGGUUUGUCUCCAAGUACCCAAAGAAUGCUGAGAGCAUCCACAGCGUGGCUGAGCCAAGGCCUUGGAACCCCAGCUCUCCACGUGGGUUUCUUGGGUGGCUUCUGUCCAAUAGGGAAUGGGGAGGGGGAUUUUCUAACAUGGAUUCAGAUUCCCAGCCUGCUUCCCAGCGUGCAGGUGAUCUUGCUUUGCUGGGCCCAAGUGGCUCCCAUCGAUUUCACAGGGGAUCCUUGCUCUUGUAGGCAGACAUCAAUGUACUCCAGAUACCUCCUGAGACCUUCCUGCUCUGCUUUCUGGGCAGCUCUCACCACGCAGGUCCCAACACAAGCCUUUCCUCCAUCCUGUGGCCUCUUGGAGGAUGCUCAAUGCCCAUCUGCUCCUGUCUUUUUCCUGUACUUGCUUGCAGUGAGAUGCUCCCAGAUGGGCUUAUCCAGUGCCCUUCCUGGGCCGGAAAGGUAGAGAAUGUUUUUUCCUGGCCGGAUCACUUACCCCAUCUCCUCCUGUGUUGUGCACUCAUGGUUCUUAGCCAUGAAGUUCUUGGCAGUGGUAGGCGUUUGAAAUGGGAUCGUGCCCAGCUUUGCUUAGCUUUCUUUCUUUCUUUCUUUCUGCACAUAUAUUAGCAUAAUUCCAAGGUGGCCAAACAGAUGUCACAUGGAGUUAGUCAAAGCACAAGGUCACGAUCCCAAGGAGGGGACCCCUGGCCAUGGGAACCAGCCAUUGUGUAGUUUCCUGGGCCCGGGGCCUCUUCUAAGACAAGAGCAGCUACUGCCAGGAGCAUUUGCCCGGGAUGGAGAGGGGUCCUCUGCCUCUCAGGAUUCUUUUUAAUUAAAGGCCUGUUGAGCUCUGCAAAGAUCAGAGCAGGUGAGCAUCCACUCCGACAUAAAGGACAAGAAGAUAACGUGGUCAUGGUGAGCAUGUGCUGCCACAGGUGGGCUGAUGUCUUCACCAGGAGUUGGUGGGGCUCUGUGACCUCAGUCUGAACCCAGCUGAGGGUAAGCAUCUCUGCCAAGAUGGCCCUUUUGCUCACAGAUACCAGGGAAGGUGGUACUUAGGGGCUUCUCCCCCUUCUCUCCGGGUGUCUGGGAAUCCCACCAGCUUGUCUUAAUAGUACAACAGGGUCUUGGAGGACCCCACGGGCAGGAAGUACAGACAGGACCCAGGGUAGAGAACAGAAGGUGGGCUGCAGGACGCAGGUUAACACGGAUGAGAACAGAAGCAAGGCAGGGAGCUCUCCUGGACGAUGGCCCUGCCUAUGGCCCAGCUUCCUGAGCCUGUACCCUUCUUGCCCCCGAGUCCCUCCUUCCAGAAACGAUACCUCUGAUGUCCAAGGGAGGUCACCAGUUGCACACAGGCUGCAAAACAUCAAGUCAGGCUUCCCGCACCUUCUCCCACGUGUGGAGAAAAUGCAAAUGUCAGGUGUGUGGUUUCAUUAUGAUUUCAGAACUAGCUCAGCCCAUCUCUAAUUAUAAAACACCUUUUUCCUUUUUUUUCUUUAUGCUCACGACCAUGCGUCUGCUGAGGUCUGAAACAACUCUAGAAUGAACACAUAAAAUUUAGCAAUUUAAAAUCUUUCUUUACUGCAAGUUUAAAUAGGUGUACAGAUAGUUUAUAAGCACAAUAUUUUAAGAAAAAAAAGUGGCUGGUCUACUAGGCAGCCUUUGUGCCACUUCAGUGCUAGAAAGUUAAAGAAAAAAAAACUUUUGUGAUUUAAUGAUACUAUUUCUGUGGAAUAAUUAUACAAGUAUGACCUUUUUAAAUCAACCUUAUCUGGAUGCAUCUGAACCAGCAGAGCUGUGUUAUAUUUUCUAUCUUUGCUAGAACUUCUUCAUUGAAAGACAAUUAUUUCUUCAAAAGUCAUUACAAUUCACAAUGCAGCAGUUUCUCCAAAAAUAAAACCAAAAUACACACCCCACACACGCACAUCCUUGAUUUGGAAAGCCAGUCUUUGGACCGUGUGGGUUCCAAAACCAUUUGCAGGUCAGUCUUUGUAUCCGAAUGACCCAGUCCAGUGGAAUUAAUUGAACGUUAAAGUGCUUUACUUCAUGUACUUUCUGUUUCCCACGAUAAAUGAGUAUUAAGCUAGAAAAAGGUACCCCAGGUGGCUGUAUUUCAGAAAAUGUAAGAACAGUGGUUUUGCCAUUAAUUCGUCUUCCAUUUGGUGAUUUCUGCAAAAUUUCUAAGUAUUCCACUUCACAAGGCUCUUUUCCUUUGCCUACAGUUGGCAUUACCUCUACACACAGUGCCAGGCAGAAUGCUAGACAGGAGACCUGGUGGCUUGGGGUCUACUGACUCAGGCAGCCAGUCAGCGACAGCAGCUACUACCACCCCCCUCUCUUAAUGAAACUUUAAGCCACAUGCCAGUAACCAGAAGCAAGCUGACCGAAAGCCUCCAGAGCUGACAGAAUCCUUACACUGUUUUAUCAUAGAAUAGUAGUCAGAUGUAUCAGAACCUGCACUGACCAACAAAACACACAGGUGUGGCUGAGUAUACUCUGGCUCUACUGGACGGUUUUGCUACAGAAAGCAAUAGUCCCUGUUCAAAUCACCGCCUACUGUUCUCCCCUCUGGGACAUGUCAGGAUCAGGCCCUGUCCCAGGACCCUCUUUAAUGGUGGAACAAAUGUUAAACUGCUCAUACAAUGACCAUGUUAAUAUUACUCCAGGUUUUAAGAUCAACUUUUGUUAUAUACUGUAAUUUAAACAAACUGCAAUUACAUGCCUAGUUUCUGUAAUAUUGUGUAUACAAAACCAAAAUCUCUCAAGAUGUAAAUUAUAUAUAUCUGCCAAGAUACCUUCUCCAGGGCGUCUGUGCACAUUUUAAGUUAAUUCAUAUAAUAUAAAAUUGACUCAGUGUGACUGUUGAUUUGCUGAAUUUUACAUAUCACAAAGUGAAUUAUUUGUGAUACUUUAGUUAAUAAAACAGUAACUUUUUUCUGAGUUAUUGAACAAACAAACAUUAUCCAGUUGAUCUGGCAAUGACUUUUUUGUGUGUGGGCCACAUAUAUUGAUUUUUUUCCCAUUAGCAAUUUGUUUUUGUUUUUUAAAUACUAAUAUGUUUCACACUAUAGUUUCUGUAACACAUGUUCGCAUAUCUAUGUUGCUGUUACUUUUGUGCUUUUGUUCUUUUUAGACUUUAUUAAAAAAACAAGAAAACAAAAAAAGCUCCUGUAAUUUGCACUUUCUCCCAAUCCUUAAAUCUCUUGUAUGGCAACCAAAAUUACUGUAAAAAAAAUAAAUAUACUCUUGCACUAA